AUGGCCUCAACACGCACACUCGAGUUCACAACCCGCUGCUAUCAGAAGUUUUUCCAUCUAGCUUUCCUUCGAGAGACCCUAAAUAUGCAGAUGCUACCAGCCAGAAAAGAGAUCUGCCUCACCAAUCUUGCCUGGGAAAAGAGCUCGGCUGUUCGAGAGAUAUUCAUUCACCCUGAGGCCAGCUGGCGUCGCAUGCUCACGCAUCAAACGGCCUUUCACCGGGUUGGGAACCCAUUUGCAGCGGCUCGCCUUAUGGCUUUAGCUGGAGUCUGCUAA